AUGAUUGAUGCCUAUGAUGUCCUGGGAGUUGCCGUGGAUUGCAAGGAGGACGACAUCAAGCAAGCGUUUCGCAAGAUGUCGCUCCAGAACCAUCCGGACAAAGUGGGUGGAGGAGUCGAGGCAACGAACAAAUUCAACGAGAUCAAGAAUGCCAAAGAGAUCCUCUCAGAUACUGAGCGGCGGAAGAUCUACGACACCUUUGGGGUGGACCUAGGGGAAGAGCGACCCGAGAUGGAAGUUUGGACGAUUGGCAUGAGCACGCUUCUCAGUCCAAUGGGUGGCUUCGUGCUGAAAACCAUCGUGGCUCGAAGUGUCCUGUGGCUGGUCGACUGGGUGUGGAUUGGUCGGUUGCUCAUGCUGCUGGGGCUUCUAGCCGCCGGCUGCUACGCCAUGGACGUCAAGUUCGGAAAUUACAGCGCCCGGUCGGAAGAGGCACUGUCAAUAUUCAUGAACUUCUUCGUGAUCGAUGUUGUCAUCAUUCUCAAUUGGCUAUGGCCACUUCUGGCAGACGCAGUCUGCGUCUUCUACCUGGUAGCCGAGAUUGUAAGCGUACAGAUCCUCAUGGAAAGUUGGAAAAUUGGGGUUGGCGUUGGUGUCGUGUCCCUCUUCGUAGCCUGGCUGGUUCGUGGCUGGUGGCGCUGGAUAGUGGGCUUAGAGAUCCUGUUGGCGGUGGUGCUUCUGAUCGCGCUCACGAUUUCCUCUGGGAUCGUGCGGCUUUGGAUCGAUCAGGUCUUCACCCAGCAUGGUGACAAGCUUAAGGAGUGGCGGACCAAGAUGCGAGCUAGGCGAAAGGAGACGGAGGCGGAGCUGGACAAGCUCCGGAAGCGAGUGCAAACCCUCGAGGAGGAGAACGAAAAGCUGAAGAAGAAAGGGCGGGCCUGA